UGGCUGUACACAUAUCUCCCUUCAGUGAUGAAUAGUGGUUUGAUUCAGCUCUGCCUGCAGGCUUUAAUGGUAGUGUGAUUUGAGCAAUUUAGGACUCUGUUAUUAAUGCAAAUUAGUUUUAUUUAACUAAAUUGAUUUGAGAAGCACACACCCACACACUUGAUCUUUAACUCUUUCUCUGUCUGUCUGUCUGUCUGCCUGCCUCUCUCUCUCUCUCUCUCUCUCUCUCUCCAGAGAGAAUGCCCUUGCUUCAGGGUAUGACGGUGCUACGUCACAGACAGACACACUCUGCACAGAGAAACGUGCUGUCUGUCCUUGAGUGAAUCCUUAGCCAUCAGGUGACGCUGGGUGAUGCCAAGGAAAACGGUGCUCAAAGCCACUCAGAUUUUGCUUACAGAAAAUGAUAAAGGGAAUAAUGAGAAGCAGAAGCACAUUGGCAGCAUGACAACUCAAAAGGCUUUAGGUCGGUACACCGAAGCAUUUGCCUUGGUUAAAGACCACCCAGAACAUGACGAUCUACAGGACUGGUUGUCACUAGCAGACUUAAGCCAAGAUGACACAUUCUCCUUUGAAGGCUGUGUGCAAUUGGAGAGGAGGUGGAUGCUCUGGCACAAGUUUAUGAAAGAAUACUCUUGUUUGGAUGACUGGUUGCGAUUGGCAGAGAAAUCAGCUGCCUCCCCAAACACUAGCCAUGUGCUACACACCACAGCAAAAGAGGAGCUGCAGAAGUUUGAGAGUCUGCGCACUGAGGCUAGGCUGCGCUUGGCCCAGGUGGACAGCCUGAGCCAGACAAGCAGCAUCCUGUUGGGGUUGUUCAGGGGAUCUAUGAAAACCAGGCUGAUAGAUAUGACCAAAGAAUGCAGUCAGCGCUGGGACCGGCUCAGCACCACUUUGGACACUGUGUGCCGUCGGUUGAAGCACUUUGUGGUCCAGUGGGAGGACUUUGAGAGGCAGCGAGAAGAAAUGGCCAUCUGGCUGGCUGACUUGGAUCUGAAGCUGACUGAGGUGGAGCAUUUUUCUGAAAUGAGUACCUGUGCCAAAAUGCGACAACUUCAGGGCUUCCAGGAGGCAGUGGCUGAAAGUGCAGGUCAGCUAAACGCACUGCUCCAGCAAGGGGAAGAGCUGAUCCAAAGAAGUGAGCCAGCUGAUGCCCAGGUCAUUGAGAGCGAACUACAGGAUCUGCUCCUGUACUGUGCUCGCGUCUUCCAGGGCCUAGGUCGUCUUCACACACGCCUUCUUAGCAUGAGGCUGGUGUUUGAGGAGGACUGGGUUCUGUGUCCAGACUCUGGCUGUCCGUCUGAGACAUUGCUGGAUGAAGAAAGUGUUAAGGACCACAGCCUUGCACCACCAGUUCAGGGUAACCCCUCUCAGAUUUGCCCAGAGCAGCUGGUCCUGGAGUGGGACCCCUCAGUGGACAUUGGAGGCUCCAUGUCCCCUAAUGAUGCGGAUUCUUCCUACCUCAGUGCUGGUGCAGGGGUUUACAGCACAGAGGCGCUCCUUACCAAGGAUCCUUGGAGGAGGAGGAUUGCUUACCUGAGAUCUGCAGAGUCGCAUCCAGCUGCUACUGAGAAAUGUAUUCAACAGACGGUCACUGAAUGUAGCUUAGAUGGUAUGGCUCCACCCCAGACUCCUGUGCCAGACGCUGAUAGGCCACUGUAUGCUUCAUUUUGGAAGACUUCCACCCCAGACUCGCACUCCCCUGAGCCUAUCACCUUUAAAUCUGACCGUGUCAGUGCCUGGCUGGUCCAGACACCCCGGCUGUGCUCUAGAGCUGUCCAGACAGAGCAUACACCACAGCAGUGUUCAAGCUUUUAUUCAUCGCCAUCCAUGCAGGAGCACAAGGGGGAGGAGGUGAAGGAAGCUGACUAUCUGGAAAAUGUGCUUCUCAAGAGGCACUCCUGCUCACCGCACACUAAUAACAUGUGUUCCACCAAGUCAUGUGACCUUCGAUCUCACUCUGCCAAACGUUACCCAAAUCCACAGUGUAUGAAGGAGAGACUGAACUCCAGUGAUUCAGUGAAGGACAGCAGCUGCACUAAGACACACUGUGCCAACAGUGAACAGCACCUCUGGUCACCAAGUCUCCUAAAGCUGUUGGAGGUCCUGAAGUCCCCAGCUCUGCUCUGCAUUCUGCUAGCCCUAUUUGUGGUUCUGGUCAUCUGGCCCCCCUCAGUGUUCCAGGACAACCGAUGCUACCGCUCCAACUCCCUGGCACAUUCCUUCCACCUAGCAUUGUGCUAUGUCAACGGACCCCCUCCAACCUGAGGACUGCAGAGACACACCGGGUACCCUAAACCCUGCUGCAUUUGAGAGAUGUUAAAGCAGAGCACCAGGGACACUAGCCUGGAGACAUUACAACCAUGGGUUCUGAAAGAAUAACUGAAGAAAUUGCACAGAGUUUGGGUGAAAGACUUCACACAUUACAACAGGUUUUAUUAAGCGCUUUGGAAUUUGAGGACACAAAGAUUUGGCUCAGAGCAUAUCAUUCAAUUUUGAUAUAUAUCCCUGGCAGUAGCAUAGGCUUUAUCAUUAAUUAUAAAGGUUUGGUUCGGUACAGGACUGAAUCAUUGGAAUUAUAAAUAUUCAGUGUCUUAAUAUGCGGAUUGAAGAGUUGUAUACUGCACUACCAUUUCAUCCAGUAAGAUAGAAAUUAUUUAUUAAUAUUUUUAGAAGCAAAAUAAAUAAAGUAUAUUAAACUGUAGUAUGUGCUGUGAACUGUUUGUGAGACCACUGUCUCCAGAAUGGGCAUAAUCUGCAGGGCGGUUUUUAGAUUUCUGACAUAAGACGCAAAACCACUUGUGUUCAUAUCGUAAGACUUGUUUCAUAUUUACCAUGAAGUCCAUAAACUGUAACAAUCCUGGGCUCGAUUUCAGCUGACUAAGCAUUUAAAGAAUAGAUUCUUGAUUUUUUUUUUCAACUAAAUGACUUAAAGAUGUGCUGCUGUUCUCUGUAGAAAGGUAUUCACUAUUUAGAUCUAUAAUCAGAACAGAAAGGUUAUGAUGAAGAUAAUGGGGUAACCUUUAUGUGAUGCAGAUAUGGAGAAACUGCUGACUGGUUUUCACAGUAUUCCAUGAUGCAUAGGUAAAGGUUAAAAGUCUUUCCCCAGUUACAAAAUAUAAUUUAUUUCUGUUAUAUUGCUACAUUUUUGGUAUGAGGCAUCAAAACAUUCACCUUUGGAACUGCUAUCAGGCUAUGUAAUACACGUCCACUUUAGACUCAUGGACAGGACUUCCUCUGGUAGAUCCGAUACUUGAGAAAUUGAAGCACUUGGGUGAAACCUUGUGCCUGUGCGAUUAUAUUGUGUACAAAUUCAAAAACUUUGACAAGUAAUGGUUUGUGCCUCCUGCUGUGCCUAAUGUAGCCUUUACUGUGAAACAUUUGAGAGGCCUAACAUAAUGUUUAAACUGCUGGCUCAUAUCGGAUUUGGUUUUCCCGAUCUAUUUUUUAAACCUGAUUCAAGUGAAUUUGUGUGUUUAGAUAAGCUCUCGGCCUAGGAGCUUUUGCUGAAAAUGACAAAUCUGAUAAAUAGGAACUGAAAAGAUCAGAUUUUUUGUGUUGAGAUUUCAAGGAAAAAUGAGACAAUUAUCAGAUUGGACUGCCUAUAUAAACAAAGCCUUAGAUGUUUUGAGCAGUAUGUGUUAUGCUAACAGCCUGGAACCAAAUCACAAGGAAUUAGAUUUGUUGGAUAUUAUACUGCAGUAUGAAAAAUAUGACUGGGGGAAACUUCAGUGGGAAAUCUUACACUGCCUUAAAGUCAAGAUCUGUACUGUGGAGAUGUACCGAAGCAUUAAAUAUCAUUUGCAUCUUGGGAAUAUUACAUUCAAAAUAUAAUAAAUAAAUUUAAAAAAAGACAACCAUGGCUGUGAUGUUGGCUGUGAUGUGGAGUGAUGCACCAUGUGAUUCUCUUUGGGGGAUAUAGUUAGUAAACACAUUGAAUAAGUGUUUUGUGCUACGGCUGGAGAAAACUGCAAAGAGCAUUUCAAAUUGAAUUAGCUCAUAAACAUUCUUAACUGGAGGAAUUUGUACUUGGCCUUUCAACCUCAUAGCUAUCCAUUACUUGGAGUUGAACUGGGAAAAUGUGUGUAUGUAUGUUGUAUUUUCACACAUAAAUGCAAAGAUGUGGGGAGUAAAAUCCAGAGUGUG